AUGAAAAAGCAACUGAUAGUAUUUCUGACCUUUUUCGUCACCAGCCUCUUUGAAGCUUCAGGAUGUCCUCUGGUUAUCAGUCGCGCCCAAUGGGGCGCCCGACCCACCAAGUGGACCACGAAUCGCAAAGUGCCCGUGCCAUUUGUGGUGAUCCAUCACAGCGCUGGAAGCGAGUGCUCUAACCAAGGUAGAUGCUCUUCUGUUGUUCGCAGCAUCCAAAACUAUCACAUGGAUGCCAAUAAAUGGGGCGACAUUGGCUACAACUUCUAAAUCGGCGGCGAUGGAAGCGUGUAUGAGGGACGCGGGUGGCACCGAGUUGGUGCGCACGCAAUCAACUACAAUACUAACGGCGUUGGUAUCUGCUUCUUGGGGAAUUUCCAAGGGAGAGCACCAACUGCUUCUGCGAUUGCGUCUGCGAAGCGACUGAUAGAGUGCGGGGUCAAAACGAAGAAAAUUUCGGACAGAUACAAGUUGAUCGGCCACAGACAGGCAAACCCAACUGCUUGUCCUGGAAACACUCUGUACAAUCUAAUUACAAAAUGGAAAUAUUGGACAAAAAAGCCUUAAAGGUAUAAUUUGGAAAAUUGAAAGAAAAUAUUGUUGCGCAUGUUAUAACGAUAAAUAAUGAAGUUUUAUAAUAAACGUGAAAAAGACAUUUGAUAUUUUUCACACGCUUCCCUGUUUUUAUUGUGAGCAAUUUUGGUGAAUGGAUGCAAACCAAGUGAUUUGCUACAUGAAUAAUUUAAAGACCCAUUUUCUCAACUAUGGGAAACAUAAACAUUCGCUC